UCUCUAUCAACUGUUACUCAUGAGCUUCAACUGAAUUAUUUUCCCCCUCAAAACGUCCAAGGUAGUGAGAUAUUACACCACGGAGAGCUCUCGUGACGGAUUGUAUUGUCAUCAAAGAUCUUUCAUAUUAUUUGUAUUAGUUCUUUUCCUUCGUCCCGAAGCUGUUCACCCGGUCGUCCUACUAGCCAAGACCCUUGCUGUCGCCCAUGCGAACAUAAUUGGUAGUAGGUCACUCUUUGUCAUCGACCUUUACAGCUGGACUUUGGGCUACAAUCUUCAUGUCCAAUAGCUCCUUAGAACCUUCCACUUCCCCCUACACCGGCACCAUCGUGAUCAUCGAUCACUUUGCUUGAUUAUGGAUCAAUCAGGCGCAAAAGCCAUUCUAACAUCGGAAAAUUUUCAUAAUGCGCACGACUUAUCGCGAGCCACCUCACCGGACGGGGACCCUGCAGGGUUGAACGGGAAUGGCGAGGCCAAGGCACGAGUCCGCCCUCGCACUUACCCUUAUUUCAAAUAUCUACCAUAUCCGCUCGAAGAUGAAACUGAGAGGGAACGAAGCCUACGAGAGAUAUUAACUCAGCUUUACAUUGCGGUGGAAGCGGGAGAUUUCAAUCCCGGUGCAGUGCACUGGACACGAGAGCUUAGAGGAUGGCUAUCACUCAAAUUUGAUCCUACCCGUAAGGAUCGGAUUAACCUUGUGAGGUUAUACUAUGAGCUCUCGCUUGCCCCAGGCAUCGAUCCCAAUGUCUCGGAGCGAUUCGCUAGCAUGUUUAUGCUCCUUACGAAACGCAAGCAUUAUCUGAGACCUGUGAAGGAUCUGACUUUGGAUUGGAAACCUCUUUACAGGGAACUGAAAGCGUUUGUGUUGCCCACAGAAUCUGGUUUGGUACAUUCGACGAAUCUCAAGAGGAAUGUCAAGACCUUGACGAAGCUCUGCGCGUUCGUCCAGUUGUACAUUGACCCAUGUGAGCUGCCAGCCAUGUUGGAAGAGUUUCUUCCUCAUUAUACUACGUCUUUCUCGGAGGGUGCAUUUGUCGUAGUAGGACUGAUUAAUUUACUACUCCCGACGUCACCUCCGCCCGAGACCAGGGAAGAUCUCCUGCCACACCAUUAUCUGCCAACAUACUUUCAUCUUUGGUCUUUAGUCAGUCGGUCAAAGACAUUCGAUACUACCUUCCUUGACUUCCUUUCGCGGCUGGCUCGUGAUUCAUUACCCGCUCCGCACAUAGCCUUCUCGGAGUUUGGACUUUUCACAAAGGAACAGUCGUCCCUCAUCUUCACGGCUAUCCUAAGAUUGUUGGAGAUCCCUGUUGGACAGUCAACUUCUCCUUACAGUGCACUUGUAGAUAUCUCGUCCGGGCUAGGCAUCAUGCUUGACCGGGAUACAAGGAAGCAUCCAGUGGCGCAUCAUAUUGCCAGAUGGGUCGUGAUGUCGCUCUCUCCCGCAUGCCUUGAAGCUGAAGAAUCGAUCCUGACUCAACUAGAGGGCCUUAUACAGGCCGUGGAAACUUUCUUCCAUCCAUCUAAUUCUGGCAGUUGGACGAAGACCUUGUCGCAGCUCGUCUACUACCUUGCCGACUUUUUUGUUAUGCGUUGGAAUCGAGAGCAAAGUGGAGAGAUGGAAGUCCCAGCGGAGCGGAGACUAACAGAACCUCUGAAGCGUCGUUUUGUACUCUGUCUUCGUGACGUGAUAUUCAUGGGUAUCUAUGCUAAAAGUGGUACGGCAAUGAGCUUCUCUUUAUCUACGCUGCAAAGUUUGGCCUUUUUGGAGCCGCACCUUAUUCUUCCGGGAGCUUUGCAACGCAUCUAUCCAUCCCUUCAAGGGUUAGUCGAAGUUCACCGCACGACAUCUUCGCUCCGCGCCCUUCAGGUUCUUUCACGGAUCAUUUCACGCACGAAGGGAUACCGGUGCCAUAUGACCACUCUCUUGGGACUUGCCUUACCUGGUGUUGAUGCCAAUGACCUCGAGAAAUCUCUACAUGCUUUGUCGUUCAUCCAGUCUGCUUGUUAUAAUAUACCAUUGGCCGACCUAACACAAGGGAGGGAAGACGUGAAUUGUAACAUGCUGGCGAUGCAGUGGAUUACAGGUGAAAUGGAGCGAAUGGAAGAGGAGGGUGUUGAGGUGCAACUGAACUACGAUCGAGAUCUGGAUGAUGAGACGGAAGAGAUGAUUCUUCGUUCUUCAACCUGCGGCUUUGGUGACUUCAUCAUAUCUUUUCUGGGACGAGUCUUUACCCUUCUAGAGAAUCUACCAGACGUGAGUAGGGUUCGCAACGGUUCUCCCGAAGAGAACAUUGUGAACACGCUUCCUGCCACGUUCAUGCCGCUUUUGUCGUCCCUCUCCCCGGAGUUUUAUGACAUUGCCUUGUCCAAGGUUGUAGACUUUGUGUCCAACCACGUUAUCCACCAAGCCCGGGAUGCAAUGGCCUUUAUUUGUAACUCAAUUUGCAAGGUCAAUCCAGAGAAGGCUCUGAAGCGAUUUAUCCCGGUGUUGACGCAGGCCAUUCGUACUGAAAUUGACGACAAUGGUGCAGGCUCCACCAGGACGACUGGAACAGAUGUCCUUCCUCGAGACCGUGGCUUGGUUUGGAACGUCAGUAUGCUGAGCAUGUGCGUUGUCCAUGUUGGGGAUGCUGUACUGGCUCACAGGAAAGAGCUGUUUGACAUUGCCGUGUAUAUGCAACAGAAGUGCAGGGGCAUACCUACCGUUCAUAUCUCAAAUUUUGUGCAUCACCUUCUGCUAAACCUCACGGGCACUUAUACUUCGGAUUACUCUUUGUAUGAGCCUGCUGUCGCUGCUCAGGGCGUGCAGCCCGAACUUUGGAGCUAUCAGCCGGAUCCGAAUAACCUCACCGUAAAAUGGCAUGUGCCAAAACGCGAGGAACUUGGGUUUGCAGUUGAUCUGUUCAAGAGCCAGGCCGAUAAUGCUUUGAAGCAACUGAUGGAUCUCACUAAUGGGUCAUCCAGCGUCAAGCGAGAUGGUAUUGGUAAGGAAUGGUCGGAUGACGUUACUAGGAACUUGGUUCUACUACGGCUUAUCCUUUCUGGUAUCUCUGUGCUGUUCGACCCCAAAGCUGCGUCACAAACGAAAGCAAAAGGAGUGAAUGGGUCAUCGAAAUCGUCGAGUGAUAUUGAUAUGACUGACGGCGAAGACGCUUCGAGUGGUAAUGACCUGCACGAUGAAGACUCCGAUUCAUUACUUGACAGCUCGGAUGAUGCUACGGUCAGAGAAACAUUUUCAUACCCUACCGGCUAUCCACUGCAGGAGACUGAUUCAAUGUACACUACCAUCCAUGAGAUCCGGGAGAGAGCAGGCUGGGUUCUUCAUGAAGUGCAUAGGUUCUUGUCCGACAAGCAAGAAGAUGAUGUGCCCUGCUUCAGUGCUCUGUACUCAGCUUAUCGAUCAUGGUUUGUCGAUGUUGGUAUUGAAAGGUCUGCUCAUGUCCUGGACAGGGUUACGCGUCUCCUCGCUGCAGACAUUCAUCCUUACAAAAUGAGUGGUAUCCGCAAAGACUAUCCUCGUCCACUGUUAGUCCGAAGAGCCAAUGUCUACCAUUUACAGCGCCUGAGGCACAAUGCAGCACCCCGGCGACGAUCUCAACUAGAUGAGCUACUGCUUCUGGAUAUCGCUGAAUCUUGCGUUUCCCUAUACACGGAGACUCGGCGUAAUGCUCAAAGUGCAGGGGAGUCCGCUCUCAAGGCUGUCUGGGGCUCUCGCCUUCUUGUUAUCCCGCCAUUAAUCAAAGCCCUGCAGAAAGGCAUUAGAGAAAACGAUCAUGCUCGGAUUAAAGGCGCAUUAUUUUCUUUACUCCUGAGUAGCGUUGCGAAGACUGUGGGACGUCAUUGGAAGUACGCCCCUACCUUGGUUAGAACUUUCAUCGACGCAAGUGCAGUGGACAAACCCUCCGUACAAAGAAUAUGUUCGGGCGCAGUUUAUCAGAUCAUGGAGUAUGGCCGUGCGAUGGAAAGGAUGGCCAUUCUUGACCGGAACAUCGUUGAAACGAUCGCUCCUAAAAAGGAUGUUCAGGAUGAAAUUCUGCAAAAGCGCAAGGGUAUCAACAGUAAGCGGGCCCUCAUUGAGAAGAAGAAAGCCGACCUGGCCGAAGAAUUGGUGAACCUAGCCAGAGUUUCGCAUUGGAAAGUUGCCAGCCGGGCGGCCACCAUCGUAAUCACCAUGGGUCUCAGAUUUGAUUACGUCGCAAGUGAGAACCUGAUAGAGCUUGUAACUCAAGGAUCUAUCGAUGAUCAUCCUGGAUUGCGCGGCAUGUAUUCUCAAGCUCUCAUCGCCUUGUUCACCAUGGUAGAUGUCAGGGCUAUCUGCAACCAUGAGUAUAAAAAUUAUAUUUUGGGCCAUCAACACUUCCCUUCUAAGAUCAACGUGGUUACCAAACGAUAUAGUGAGGGCUGGACCGAGGAGUAUCUAUCAAGUUUCGCCAAACCAGAGGCAGAAUACUACGUUGAUCAUGAUUUCCCAGGAUGGCUUGUGUGGGCCGACAGCAUGCCUGCAUACAAGUCAAAUGUCGAGCGUGACAUCGAAUAUGACGAGACCGAGUGGAAAGUGCGUACUCACAUGGGUAAACUGUUUGAUCGAGCUUGGUUCAACAAGUUCUUCAUGUACUUGAAGCAGGAACCACGGGACCCCAGCGCUGAUAAGUUCCGUAUGCCCUGCGCAAUGAUGCUCCUAUACGCCUUUGAAUUGAUGCUCCGAGACGGACUUUCUGCUGCUACAUUCAAGGACAUCCAAGAAGAAAUUGAAGCUGUUUUUGAAGAUGGUAGCGAUAAACACCAACACAGAGCCACUGCGGAGAUUCUUGGUGCCCUUAUAAGUUCUGUCGCUGAUACAAGUGUGGAGAAACGGACACUUGUUUGGGAAUACGCUUUCCCGAUUGUGCGUAAGAUUUUCACUGAUGGAUUGACUCCGGAAAACUCUGGUUACUGGACGACGUUUCUUCAUAUGAUCCUUCAAUGCCGUGAUCCACGAAGAGCAUGGCCUUUGGUUGAUUGGCUCGCCAGCUUCCGGCUAGAUAUGUCGACGAAUGCUGCUUUCAAGGAGAGCUCCAAGAUCAAUUUACUUCAUCAAUCUAUCAUAGAUGCGGGGUGGCAUUUUCAACUUGAAAAGCCUAUAGUUAAAGACUUCCUCUCGCACCUUGACCAUCCAUACAAGGGUGUCCGCGAGGCAAUGGGCCAAACAAUCGCCACGAUUUAUCGCACACGGUAUCAUGAGUCAUAUACUGACGUCAAGAGCCUUCUUACAGCUCAGGAGGCAGCGUCAUCUGUGGGUACAUAUCCGUAUCAGCCGACUGAAGAAUUCACCAAGACGAUACACGGUAUCUUUGGCCAGAUUGAAAAAUGGCGGCACGAAAGGACGCCAGGUCAGCAGACACCGUCAUCCUAUACUUCAGGGUGCAAGACAGUCCUCCUCUGGCUUGAUUCCACUCUCUCGUCUUACGAGUGUACGCAGUUGGUGCCCUUCUUCCCAGAUGUGUUCACAGGACAGCUUCUGCAUAUGAUGGAUGUAAAGGAAGAUCCAGAGCUUCAGUCGCUAGCAUAUCACGUCUUCCGCCAUCUACCCAACAUUCCAUACCCCGCUGAGCAGAACUCCGGAUUUAUUCAGUCGCUCAUCCACAUAGGAAAGACGUCCCCCUCAUGGCAUCAACGUCUGCGGGUUAUGAUCAACAUUCAAAUCAUUUAUUUCCGCCGGCUAUUCCUCCUGUCUGUCGCUGAUCGAGACAAGCUUUUCGAGUGUGUGGCAAACAUGCUAGAAGAUCCCCAGCAUGAAGUGAGGGCUGGAGCAUCUGCUACCUUGUCUGGGAUGAUUCGUUGCUCACCCGUGUCCUUACGCGAGGAAAUGAUCCGCCGGUUCAUGCAGCGAUUUUCGAAGAUAUUGAUCAACAACCCUCUUCCAAAACGGCCCAAGAUCCUUCGAUCUGGCUUGUCAACCCCAGUCUCAUCCGGGGCCGGCACGCCAACUCCUGAGCAUGCUCGACUUAUUAUUACGAGACAUGGUUCAGUUUUAGGCCUCGGUGCGCUAAUCCAAGCAUUCCCGUACAAUAGUCCGCCGCCCACGUGGAUGCCUGAAGCCCUGGCCACAUUAAGCGUUCGGGCUGCAAACGAUCCUGGCAUUGUAGGCUCAAGCGUCAAAUCCAUUAUUAGCGAGUUCAAGAAGACCAGACAAGAUACUUGGCAUAUUGAUGCGAAGGCUUUUACUUCGGACCAGCUCGAAGACCUCUCUGGAGUACUUUGGAAGAGCUAUUUUGCUUAGACUUCAAGGAAGAUGAUAGGUCCCGUACAAGCAUAUAAGCACGAUCCAGUCAAGACUUAUGCCACGUAUGUAGGAAUGCUGCAAGAUACUGGUCGUUCUCUGUGUGGCAGUAUGUGAACUGAGAAUCCCUAGAACAUUUGGUAUGGACAAUGUACUGAGUUUGAUGGAGGGGUAAUUCUUAAUGUAAUGCUUCACUUUGUUGUUUGAUGUAAAGUUUUGGGUGGUACUUUUUGACUUGGACACACAUAUACCAUAGUGCACAGCGACAUCCACUCGAAAAGCAUUUCUGAAUUUUAUUGCUUUGCCUAUUAAUACAUGAUUUGCUGCGGAAGUUCCGACCGAUUGCUGGACAUGGGUGCCGCCGCUUUUAUACUAAGGACAGACAGUAUUAUUGUCUAUGGGGUCACCCUUGCCAUAGGAGCAGGAAAACUGAGCUCGCGGAUUGCAACAUACCGGUACCCCGGUCAACAGCGGUA